ACAUCAGACACACUUUCUGGUGCGCGUGAAACCAUGGAUGCUGAGCGGCCAGGGUUUUUUUUUUUAUUCCGGGAAUAUCGAUGAGUAAUCAAGAAGUAUUAGUGAUUGGUUGCUGUUGAUUUGUUAUGUGUUUUUAUUAUAUAUUCUUAUGACAAACCGGCUGGUUGGUACAGCGUCUACCCCCCAGAGAGGAAAACUGCCACAUACAAAUGUGUUAAUAUCAUACACGAAAGAGAAAUCAUAACAGAAGCAAAGGAUCAGCAACACAGAGUAAACUCUGAUUCCGCCGGUGUAGCAGCAGAGCAGGGGAGGAGAAAACAAAGAAAUAAAGGGAUAUAGAAUUAUAGAAGGACUACGGAAGGAAUUGUGGUGCGAAAGCCGGUGGGAAACUUGGAGAAAGGAAAGUGGACAAGAGCGCGAGCGGAGAGAAAAGGAAGAGAAGUCUCGGGUUGGCAGUUGUUGGUGCCCCGCCAUGCAACAUGAGUAACGACAGUAACGGAGGUGGGGGGCUUCAGCCCCUCUGGAACUUCAAUGGGUCAUCAGUCAACCAAUCAGCUGACCUGCUCUCCAACACCUCGUGCAACUUGUCCACCAAUGAUUCAACGUUCUGCUCUCCCGUGGACGAUGGAGUCGGGGCAGGGAGUCCAUAUAAAGCUCUGGAGAUGUUUUUUAUUGCCUUAGUUACAGGAUCUCUAAGCUUUGUGACUGUCACAGGAAAUAUUUUAGUCAUGCUGUCCAUCAAAGUAAAUCGCCACCUACAAACUGUCAAUAACUAUUUCUUAUUUUCAUUAGCAUGCGCUGACUUGAUCAUUGGUGUUUUCAGCAUGAAUUUGUACACAGUGUACAUUAUUGUUGGCUACUGGCCUCUUGGCCCGGUGGUCUGUGACCUGUGGCUAGCGUUAGAUUAUGUUGUCUCAAACGCCUCCGUGAUGAAUUUGUUAAUCAUCAGUUUCGAUCGCUAUUUUUGCGUAACCAAACCCCUAACGUAUCCGACAAGGAGGACAACUAAGAUGGCAGGGUUAAUGAUCGCAGCAGCAUGGAUCCUGUCGUUCAUCUUGUGGGCUCCUGCCAUCUUGUUCUGGCAGUUCAUCGUUGGAGAGCGAAUGGUGCCACCUGGAGAGUGUUAUAUUCAGUUCCUUUCUAACCCUGCGGUGACGUUUGGGACGGCUAUAGCAGCAUUCUAUCUUCCUGUCAUUAUUAUGACAGUCCUUUACAUCCACAUCUCCCUGGCCUCCAGGAGCAGGGUCUCCAAACACAAACCAGAGAAGAAAGAGAAGAAGGGAAUAAAAACUCCCAGCUUACUGAACAGUCAGCUGUUAAAGCAGAACAAUAACAAUGAGACCAGUCCUCAGGCCAGCCCCCGCUCUACUCCCAAACUCAGUGUGGACUCAACUACCACCGCUCUAGAGGCUGUGAAGAAUGGCAGAGUGGAGGAACCAAAACCAGUUCAGCCACAGGCUCCAGCACAGCCCAGUCCAGGACUCACACAGGAGGAAAAAGAGAGCUCCAACGAUUCAUCCACAGCGUUUAUUCACCCUACAGAACCAAAGGACAAUACCAACAACAAGGGGACAUCUGAGGCUUCAACAACUCCCAACCCCGUUGCCACGAUGACCGCCAAUCCAGCUGAGCCCAAGAUCAGCGCCACCUCGAGGUGGUCCAAGAUAAAAAUUGUAACGAAGCAGGCCGGGGAUGAAUGCAUCACAGCUAUAGAGAUCGUCCCACCUGUAGAGGGAGCAGAAAGGCAUUCAAUCCCAAUCAGCCGUCCUCGGACUGUGGCGAGAAAGUUUGCAAGCAUUGCCAGAAGCCAAGUGAAGAGGAAAAGACAGAUGGCUGCCAGAGAAAAGAAAGUGACCAAGACUAUCUUUGCCAUCCUGCUGGCUUUCAUCAUCACAUGGACGCCGUAUAACGUCAUGGUGUUGAUCUCAACCUUCUGUCAGUCCUGUGUCCCUGACACCGUGUGGGCUAUUGGCUACUGGCUGUGUUACGUCAACUCUACUAUUAACCCAGCUUGUUACGCACUGUGCAAUGCCACGUUCAAAAAGACAUUCAAAAACCUGCUGCUGUGCCAGUAUAAAAACAUAGGUACAAGAUGAGAUGGAAGGAGAAGACUGAGGGAGGGAUGGAGGGGGAAGGGGUAAACCAUUGCAAGAAGGGGUACAGAGCAAGGGAGAGAGUAAAUAUUGUUAAAAGGUGAGUGAGAGAUGGCUGAAGGAACUAGAGAACACAAAUGGAUAAAGGGUUCUUUCUAAAAAGAAGACACAUCUGCAUGGGGUGAGCAAAUAUGGUUUAUUUUGCAAAUGAAUCCCUUUUGUUCAAAAGCAAAAUGUGAGCGUAAACAAGGGAUUUCUUAACCUGCCCAGCUUCCCUAAGACGGAACAAAUCACACCCCAAGUGGAGACGUGGUUUCACAGACAUUGGGAAAUAUCUGUAAUGGUGCAACAGGGAUUGAUGCGAGUAGAGAAGUGAGUGGUAAAUGUAGAGGGUGGAGAAAAAUGAAGGGAAAACAACAGAUGAAUGGAGGUAUGGACUGAUACACUGAGGGACAAUACUACAGCAUGCAUGGCUGAGGAAGUGGUCCUGCUGGUUAAUUGGAUGCAUGGAUGGAUGGAUGGAUGUGAGGGGAUAUGCUGAAGGGUAAAUUAAUGGAAGCUUGGAAGAGAUGAUCAAAAUCGUGUUUUCUUAUGAAGAGGAUAUGACGGAGAAAAAUAAGUGAAUUACAGAGGGCUGGAUAAUUAUUUUUUUUUAUUGUCACCCAACAAAUUUUAAGGGAAGGAUGAAAGUGUUUUUGUCUGUAGUGUAUGGAUCUGACCUGCAUUCUGAUUAGCAAAAAGGUGUUGAUUUUCUUAUUACUGCCCUAUGCAGGUGGAAGACUACUGGUUCCAGAUGUUACUAGGGAUAAUUUCUAUCUACUAAAUGACUGGUUAGUAAAAUGAUUCUUCAGAGGUUGACAAAUAUAGUAGCAACACAAUACAAUCAUUAGAUCUAAAAAAAAAAAGACCACAUGGCGGAUUGCUUCCUUACAAUCCAAAAUCACAAAAUCUGUGGGCACACUAAUAAUUCUCUUGCAUCAUUUAAUGGAAUAGCAUUAGCUGAGAAAGCAUUGAAAAGGCAGACACUUAGAUUUGAGCAUCUUUGCCAUCCUGCUGGUUCCUCAUGCUAUAACGUGAUCGUGUUGGUCUCAGUCUUCGGCCAGUCUUGUGUCCCUGACACUGUGUGGGCUACUGGCUAUGUCAUGUCAACUCUACUUUCAACCCAGCCUGUUACACGCUGUACAAAGCCACAUUCAAAAAAUACAUUCAAGAGCCUGCUCCUUCUCCAGUAUAAAAAUAUAGAUACAACAUGAGAUGGAAGGAGACAGGGGAGAGUAGAGAGGAAAUAUUGCUGAAGAGGGCUGAAGGAGCAAGAGAGGCAACCGUUAUUUAUUUAGCAUUUUAUUGAAUACCAGUCAUCCCUACUGGGAGACAAUAAAACAUGAGUGUAAACUAGGGAUUCCUUAAAGUCUUUCUGUCACAUAAUAAUAGAUGUGUUUCCAAUAUACAAUACAGGACUUCUGAAAUUGCUUCACCACCCGUUAAAAACUACGUCACAAUGGCCGUGCUGAAAGCCGUAAUCAACAGCUAAUUACAGAGACAUGCAACUGAGCCAGCUACAGCUGAGGAUGUGCACACUCCCGCUGUGGUCACAGCAAGCCAUACAUAGUACAUCAUAAUUUAUCCAUUCUGAGUGCUACUGUUAGAGCUCAGCCUUCCUCCAUGGUUCAGAGGAAAUGCAUAAAGAAUUACAAGGUAGCAUAAAUCAUGCGAGGGAACACGAAAGUAGUUCUGAAAUCAAGUCCCCACUUGAUAAAGCUCAGUACAAAUAUAUUUUACUUAUAUAGCACUAAUUUAUAACAGAGGUUAUCUCGUUGCACUUUUCAUGUAGAGCAGGUCUACACCAUAGUCUUUGUAAAGACUUUGCCACAGUGGCAAGGAAGAACUUCCUUUUAGCAGGUAGAACCUAGGCUCAGGGUGGGCGGCUAUCUACCUCGAACGGUUGGGUUGAGAGACAGAGUGGGAGGGAAGAUAACACACAGUAGCACAAUGCAAGUUACACAAAGAGAUGCCAAAUAAUAUUGAUAGUAAUACAAAUAAUGAAUGAUAAUAGGACUAAUACGUUAAUGUAGAGAAACCUUGGUCUUGGGGAAAGUAUAACUUGUGGUAAUGUUUUUGAAAUUAUAUCUGGUUUUAUUAUUUUUUAAAUCUGAUUCUGAUUGAUACCCCAAAUUAUAGCAUCAUAGGCACCGUAAAGGAUAAAAUAUGAGGCCAGAUUGAUCAGGAAAAGAUCUACGUAUGAAUGAGAGUAACAAACUUUGAUAUGGUGGAGGACAGAGGAGAUGGUAGCAGCAGAACGAGGGAAAAUAUAUUAAGUAGCAUACCACCACACAAUGUGGACGCCAGGUUUUAGUCCAUGAGCAACAAUAAUAGCGAAUCCUAAAUAAGGUAAUUGUGCUUUUAAAUAUACAACUUUAGAAGCUCAAUAACUGUAUAUGGAAAUGAUUUUCUUUAUAACAGCAUGUCAUCAGCUUGAUUUAAGGUCACUCCAGUUCAUAAAAACAACAAGCCACCAUCACUGAACUGCUUCAAAACCUUACUUUCAGUCGCCUACAGUUUUGUAAGCUAAAAGCUGUUUGUUUAGUUUUAAUUGUUAAAUGUACAUUACCAAAUUUAAAACACGAUUAAAGGCAUAGCCCCACUAGCUUUUGCAAUGUUCAUUACACCCCCAAUAUUAAAGUUUUAAACAGUUGAAACAACGUAGUGGUGAUACCUAUUCUUAGAGCCUUACCAUUAGUAGAACUAAAAGGGUCUGUACUGAGACACUAGAAGAAAAACACAAACAACAGAAGCAUUGUUGUGAUGAGCAAAAUGCAUGGGAAUUUAUUUUUUUUAAAGUCACUUCAAUCGCACGAUAUGGAUCAUGUUAUGAUCUUUAUGAUCGAAUGGAAUUUGCUCUGUUUUUCAUCUUGUGACCUGAGUAUGGAGAUGUUGAAUGAUAUUUAUGAAUGAAUGCCCAAAUUCAAUUCCACGCCCAGAUAGUGGAAUUAAAAGUCUGCAUAAUUACGCCGUUGCCUCUGAUGACCAUGACUUUAUACAUAUAAUUUACUUGGAGAGAAAUUAGUUGGCAGCUUGGCUUAAGAGUAAUUCAUUGCAGAACUUGUAUUGCUGCCCUUUUUCCACCGUGGCUGGUCGUUAAUUGGUGAAGCACGCUGCUGCCAGUGUUGGCGUUCUCUCUAUUUGGGUCUGUUCAGGUCCUCCAUAUUUUGGAUUGGUCAGAUUCUGUUGGCUUGUCCAGAUUGGGUUCAAAAUAUACCUCUACUGUUAUAGAGUUAUAAAUGUUUUUUAUUUGAUAACACCUUACAAUACAGUACACAAAAUUGUGAGUAGUUACUAAGGUACAAGUGAACGAUCUGAUAAUUAUUGAAUCGUUAAUAACUCCAAAUAGAGGACUAUAUAGUGGAUCUUGAUGAUUUACUAGAGCGCCGACAGGGAGAUACCAUAUUAAUGCAACCCUGAAUCAACAUUCUGACUACUGUCUUUGUAAGUCUUCCUGAUUAACCCUGACUCAGCUGCUGAGCCGCACAAAACUAUUAACGACUAAUUACUUAAUCAAGAGUUACUAACUAGGAUACACCAUAUUGAGUAGUUACUUAGUGAUCCCUCACUAAUAAAAACUGCUCGGUUAGCCCAGUGAUACUGCUGUCUUUCUGAUAUUUCACAAGAAUCAUCAGAAUUGGAGUUUAGUCCAACAUUGUGGGGAAUAAUGACAGCUAGUUAGUUAAUCAAUAAUUCGUGUAAAUUAUGAGGGAAUGUCAGGGGAAAGGGUUUAGGUAUUUUGUGCACAACAAGAAUUUGUACUAGGCUCAAAUCAAAUGCAGCUAAAGCGUCUGAGAAAUGAAACGUCUACUAGUCAGCCAAAGUGCUACAAAAUCCUCCAUGACUCAGCAGGACUUGGGCUGGGUUUCUGUCUGCUUAUAAUGUGACUGCGUCAGCAGCUUAGCAUGGCUCAGGAGCUUGUCAUGACCUAGUCAAGCACCUAUUGCUCACACUGAAGAGAAAAAAGGGUGCAAAAAGAAAAUCGUGACAUCCUGUUCAUCCACCCUGGGACUGAGGAGGAGUGACAGAAAGCUGCUUUCUUCUUAUAUAGAACUUAACAAAGUCCUCAGUGAGUGUGUGCAUGCUAUACAAUACAGUAGUGGACUUGUAAGUAUGACUUGGCCUAGUUGAUUGUCAUCUUUCUCUUCAUUCACCCACUCUGGAUAACAAUACUGCGUGUGCAGUAUUGCUGGAAACUGCUGAUGUCAAGUAACCAGUCAUCCAUUAGAGUCCUUGAAGUGUUGUCUGACAAAUUCAACGCCGGCUUCUGUUGACUAAAGCUCGACUAAAGGCCUGAUCGAUGUAGGGCUGUAGCACUCAAGGCGAGUCUUGAAAAUGUCUAAGAGUUUCUUUUAAAGGUUAGGCCUUGGAGUUAUCUAAGUUUUGGCCUCCGCUCUCACUUAUUUUACUCCACUUGUUUGUUCUUUUUGCGUUUUGCUUUUUUCCUUUGCUGCCCAGUGUGGCUUGUUGCUCUUGUAGCAGACCAGUGAGGCUGCUCUGCUGUUACACAGAUAUUAGUUCCCCAUGGAGACACAAAAUUAUUUAAUCAUGUGCACAGUAGAUUGUGAGCACAGUCCGAAACAAAGUUUAAAAACGGUUGCCCUUCAUUGUCAGUGGUUGUUCUCAGUGAGAGACGCUGAAGACUGCAGGGACAUUUGAAGAGCUUUUGGUAUUUCAUUCUGUUCUCCCUCCUGCAGUGUGGCUUCUUUAAUCAUUAUCCCUGAUUAUCUCAUUUUCACUCUCAAGUUUUUGCUUUUUUAUGGAGCACCUUAGAGGAUAAAUCGGUAAUUACACUUGAAUAUGUACCAUUUAAACGUCAUGGCAGAUAAUCAAAAUUCCCCAAAAUGAUUUUAAAAACCAAUGGACAUUUACAGAUAAUACAAUUCCCACUUAGGUAGUGUAGCUCCAAGAUUGAAAUUUGUCUUGGGGAUAUUGUCAGGCACUGAGUUUUGACAUCUUAGAUAUUGGAGACUACGAUAAAGAAAAAUGACGGUUCUAUGAGCAAAUCCUUUUAUUGGCUAUUCAGACUGAGAUUUCCUUGUAUUUGUUGGUUUUCCAUAAAUGCCUGCUCACAUUUUUCCUCGUCUGUAUGACCUCAAUUUUUUUUUUUUUUUUUUAUUAAACUUCAGAAUUAAUCAUAAAAGCCAGAGGACUUUUGACAGAGAUUGAGACUGAUGGGUCACUGGUUGGUUAGCUGACAUACUUAAUUGACUAGAUGUGCAGAAUAAAUGACAUGACAUCAGGGUUUAGGGAAAUUGGACUGACUGCUUGACUCCUUUACAUACUGAAAGAAUUUAAAGCCUUACUAGACACGACAUUCAUGAGAAGGUCUAUCCAUCUUAUUAACAGUAUUUUCAAAACUGGGCUAUAACAGAAAAGAGGACCAUAAAUUUAACAAAAUUAAAUUCUUUAACUUGGUGAAACCUCUGGGAAACUGAUGUCCUCAGUAGUAUUAUUCAGUGCAUUUCAGAUGUCAUUUUAGACAAAAAUCCCUUUAAAAAUUUCUCAGCUUGUCCUAACUUGAGGUGACGAUGAAGGCAAUGAGUCUGCCAAAGGCAUCCAAAGACAUGUGGGUAUAACUGCAGGGAGCAUGAGUGUAAGGAAGGGUCACCAAAGGGAAAUAAACAAACCUCUCCCCCAUCUUAAUCCCAGGCUAAAAAUAAAAAAUAAAAAAUUGUGCCCAAAGAGCAGCCCCACCCAGAGCAGCCACUGUCCUUGCCUAAGCCCCACAUAGCAGGGCAUUGGCAGAGACGUAUCAAAAUGUCCCUUCCGACUCCUUGUUAUUAUUUUUGAAACAACCACAUUGGCGAAAAUAAAGCAUGUGUGUGUACAUGCAGUUUGUACUAUCAGCAUUUUGCCUCUGUGUCUAUAGAACUACAGGCAGAUUGUACGAUGAUUUACAGUCUCAGUCAGCCGAUGGAGAAUCAUGAAUACUUUGGACAAGGGUUAAAGAAGAUUUCCACUGUUACUGGCUAACUGGUUUAGUAUCCCUGUAGUCACUGUCCCUCAUGAUCAGAUGGAGCUGGAGAACCACUAGAUCAACGGCCAUGUUAAGUAGAUCGUCUCACUAGACUGACAAGUGUUAUCUGAUGGUAGCUGAUGGCAGGUUUAUCUUCUGUAUAUCACACAAAAUGUAUUUCACAUGAUAAAACAGAAUAUGACAAAUAAGUGUUGUGCCAUGAUGGUGUAAAAUCACAUUUUCUGUUUUAUAAUGAAUAGAUGAACCCUGUACUACUCCCAAACUGAAGCAAUCGCAUGGAGAACCUUACAUCGGGCUAACAACUUGACGUUUGAGUUCAUUUGGUAGAUUGCUAUAAAACACCGUCCAAAUAUUUUUACUCGUAAAAGCGAAUGCAAAGGUAAUACAUUGUCACUAGUUCAAAAUACAUCACUGUAUGUUCGAAUGUCAGUUUGAAGGGCAUUGCUGUAAAUACACAAUCAUUCUGAAUAUUUGAGCUUAAUAUAUAAACAUACUGAAUCAUUCCAAAGAGAGGAUAUGUGGUCCUUGUGUUCUUUCAAAUUAUAUGAAGUAUAUUUACCUCCCAAUGUACAGAGCAUGUACUUUAUAGUGAUCUAAAGACAUUGUGAAUUAUAGUGGUAUUUUUGUCCGAGUAUUGCUAUUACAAGUUCAGCUCAAUGGCAUCAGUUAAGUGACAAAACAUUUUCACCACGUUGAAGAGCAACUGAUUCAUUUAUAAUUUAUUUUAUGUCAAGAGUACAUCCCUGCAUUAAGGCAUAGUUUUUAUAUUGGGAGCUGGAAAUCUGUAACAUAACUGCCAAACUAGAGGAAACACCCACAUUGUAUUAGUAACGUUUCCUUUAUGUUGGUAACCAUCUGUAUAUGUACUGUAUGUGUUUUAAAAUGAAUCUGCUACGCCAGAACUGGAUUCCCAACGGCACACAAAAUUCUAACCGAAUGACUCUUUAAAGGGUAAAUCAACACUAAAUGUAGCAGGUGUUUUGGCUUUGGAAUUGGAUUCUUAAAAUGGGGCAUACACCAAAGAACAAAACCAAACAUUUCCUUUCAUGUCGUUCUCCGGUGUGGUAUUCUCUCUCGUAUGGUAACGUUAUAUGACACAUCAAGCGAUCUAACAAGUCACCAAGUAGAAAUAAAAAACACAGCUUCAUUACCAGGUAACGUUACUAGUGAAGCAAGCUAACGAGACAACAUGCCAGCGGCUGAACUGGCAAUUUUUUUAAUGAUUGUUUUGAAGAAAAUCACCAUAUUAUAUUGGAAUGGCAUUAAACUAAGAAUAACCUUUGUUAUCAUUAAUUAUAUGAAGAAAAUACUUCUGGGAACUUUCUCGUAGCCCUCCGUUUGGACUGUGCUUCUGAAAAAAAUCUCAGUUUCGAGGGCUAUAUAGCCCUACCCCUCCAUCGCAACAAGAAUUGGGACACCCUACCCCUUGACGUGAACGUGCAAAACGGAGGGGUAGGGCCAAGGGGUGAAAUGGUGUUGAGCCUAAAUCCAAAUUCCAGGUACUCAAUAAAUAAAUGCAACAGCUGGUUUGCAACAUGACAAACUCAGGGCAUGUGUUAAGCUAAGCACUGCAAGGAAGUGUGUUUCAAUAUAUGGGCUAUAUUCUGAAUCAGAAUAUUUAAUGUGUUUUGCUGCCUUGUUAUGCAUUUCCCGUGUAAACUGUAGAUUGUGUGCACAGUGUUGGAGAGUACAUUACAAGUUUUAAGUCCAUUCCCCUCUAAUCUUCGGUUUGGGUUAGUGUCAGGGUCAGUCGCGGGGCAGAGCGACUACGUAACUGUAUUUAAUUUUCUCUGAAUGAUGAAUAGCUCAGAAAUGAUAUCACUGCAUCCAGUAGUUGGUUCUCUACCAGAUAGUACAUAGUGGAGAACAUGCAGAAUCUAGAAUAUAGACCUCACAGGUUCUUUCAAGUUCAGCUAACAAGCAACUGAAAUACCCAACUUCAAACACUUCAAAAGCACAGCCCAGUUGUACAUAUUCAAUGUGUGCUCUCACAUCCUUGUGGAGUUAAAAUACCUGGGUCCUGCAGGACUCUUGUCAAACUGGCCUGUUUGACAAGUCCCUUGCAGUCAACCGAGUAGAAGCACAGAUUAAGAAAAGAAAAGAAAAAAAAAAGAAUAUAAAUAACAACACACUCCACACAGCUUCCUGUGUUGCCUGCCCAUCACUUCAUGCUUGUGCUUUUCUGAAGAAACUUCAGGUGUCAGAUUUACAAAAGCAGCAAGGUGUUUAAAGUCACUUAAUGAUGGUUUAGUGCUGUCAGAAGUGUGCGGCUUACCAGUAACCCACCCACUGUGAUGUCACAGUGUACUGGCACACUUCUAUGUCACUGCAGCGAAGUAAGAAGUUAAACCAUUGGAGAUCAACAAAAACAAGACUUACAGCUGCUGUUAAGUUGUUGUGCAAGAAUAAUAAUUACUCUUCUCAGGAUACAUGUAGUGGAUUUAAUAGGAAAGCAGUAAAAAAGUAGGUUUUACUACUUACUGGAGUAAGUAGUUAAUCAUUUGAUUAUUAAACUCUUUGUAAUAGUAGUGUAAGCAGUAGUAGGAAGUCUUCAAAAUGAAAGUACUCCAUAGAUGUAACAGUUCCUCAAACAUGUACUCAAGUUCUUAAAGUACUUUAGUAAAUGUAUUUAGUUAUUUCCCACAUGGGCAAUAUAACAAUGAAAGAACAGUUUGCUGCCUUUAAUGAAUCACAGUUGAUUUACUCUUUAAAACAUUAAGUGCCAUUCAGGUUCUUUACUUUGGUUUCUUCUCUUGUGAUUUUUUUGUCUGUAUAAUGCUUUAUGGCUGUUAUACUUUGUUAUGUAAAAAGAUAUUUGAAUAGACGCAUACUUUUCAAAGCAACAGAGCAUUGCCUGACACAAUACACAGCUAGCAUUACUUUUUAAAUUAAAUGUAUUGUAGAUAUAUCAAAAGCAACUUGUGUUGACACAAAACUGUUAUGCUAAUAAACACCUGCUGUUGAAAUGUU